AUGACAAACCGCCUCUUCUGCGAGCCGAGCCCGGGUUUCGUGGCCCAUAAUGCCGCCUCGGUCCUCUUGGUCACGUCGCCUGCCCUGAACGACUGGGUUGGGUACACCUCCGAGGAGACCUAUCCCGCCUCAGCCAAGCUGGUCGAGGCCACCGAGCGCUACGGCUCCAGCCAGCUCGCCAACCAUGCCGCUUACAACAUUGCCUUUGACACCGACGAGCCCAUGUUCGUACACCUGCAGCACUUCCCGGAGCGGGAGCGGCGGUUCGCAAACACCAUGGUUGAGAUGACCUCAACGGAGGGAUAUGGUGUGCAUCAUCUGGUGGACGGUUAUCCGUGGGAGGAGGUCGAGGGCACAGUGGUGGAUGUCGGUGGUUCAACAGGCCAUGCGAGCGUUGCCAUCAGCCACAAAGCCCCCAAGGCCAGGUUCGUAGUCCAGGACGUCGAGGGGGUCGUUGAACAGGGCCGCGCCGCCUUGCCUCCUGGGCUGGUAGAACGCGUCACUUUCCAGACCCACGACUUCUUCACCCCACAGCCCGUCACAGCAGAUGUCUAUAUCCUGCGCUUCAUUUUGCAUGAUCAUCCCGAUGCCCGGGCUAUCGCGAUCCUGCAGAAUCUCCUCCCUGCGAUGAAGAAGGGCAGUCGGGUGAUUCUCAAUGAAGGGGUGCUGCCGGAGCCAUUAAUACUCGGAAAGAGUGAGGAGAGAAUUGCACGGUAGAUGAUGUGUUGCUUUGAGUGGCCCAGCAGAUAGCUAAUCUAUGUAGAAUUAUGGACAUGGAAAUGAUCACGACCUUUAACGCGCGGGAACGCCCGCUUGAGGACUGGAAGAAGCUGUGCCAGGAUGCACAUCCCGGACUGCAAUUACGGCGCUCCUACAAGCCAGCUGGGAGUAUAAUGUCCAUCAUGGAGUUUGUCAUGGAAGAAUAGUAAGCACAGGCUCGUGUUGGGCCUUAGCUGCUCAGAGUUUCAAUAUCAAUGGAUCCAUAUAUUUCUUGAUACAGUUAUCGUUUUCCCACAUAAGACGAUCCUCAUGGGUACCAACAAUUGGCACCAUCUAAAUACGCCUAUAUCACCUAUUCUUGAUGGUGUGCAACGUGCGCAUUAUUCAUGAGGUGGAUUACGGGAUCUCUAUCUGGGAGGCUUCUGUGUGAGGUUCUAGUUUAUGUCAAAACUAUUAGUCCUCAAUAGCCUACUAUGUGAUUAUUGUUCAUUGAAAUUGG